AAACGUACCAAUCAGCGCUGUCGCGCCUGGAUAAAACCCGCAGCUCGCAAAGAUGUCUUCAUUCUCACUUUUAGAAGACGUACUCCAACGAUGGCAAGAACCAAGCAGACUGCUCGUAAAUCCACCGGAGGUAAGGCUCCAAGGAAGCAGCUGGCCACAAAGGCAGCCCGUAAAAGUGCUCCUGCCACCGGCGGUGUCAAGAAACCUCAUCGCUACAGGCCCGGCACCGUGGCCCUGCGUGAGAUCCGCCGCUACCAGAAGUCCACCGAGCUGCUCAUCCGCAAACUGCCCUUCCAGCGCCUGGUGAGGGAGAUUGCCCAGGACUUCAAGACCGACCUGCGUUUCCAAAGCUCAGCCGUCAUGGCUCUGCAGGAGUCUAGCGAGGCUUAUCUGGUGGGCCUCUUUGAGGACACCAACUUGUGCGCCAUUCACGCCAAGCGGGUGACCAUCAUGCCCAAAGACAUCCAGCUCGCCCGCCGUAUCCGAGGCGAAAGGGCAUAAUCUUCAACAACACGACCACAACGGCUCUUUUAAGAGCCACCAAAUCAGCAACUAAAAGUGUCAUUCCUUCAAUUCAAAUAAUUCGAGGACAUUGCUUAAUUCACUUGCAAUCCUUUUCGGUUAAGAUAUUAUCUAGAACAUGAAUGUAAUGUAAAUAAAACCCAAGUUUGAUUCAGAGCGG